AAAUGUGAAAUUAUUUAUUUUUGGAAAUAUUACUAUUUUCAUUAAUUAAAACAAACAACAAUUUCUAAAUACUCAUCAACUUUUGAAUAUGGCUUUAUCUGAAAGUGAAAAGAAGCAAGAGAAAAAGGAAAAACCUCCCACGAAAAUAGUGGUUCGAAGGCUACCUCCGACAAUAGAUCAAGAAACCUUUUUGAAACAGGUCUCUCCUGUCCCAGAUUAUAAUUACGUGUACACCGUAAACGGCGACUCUUCCUUAGGCGAAUUCGCAUUCUCAAGAGUCUAUUUCAACUUCGUCAAUCAUGAAGAUGUGUACAAUUUCAAAGAACGAUUCGACAAUUAUGUCUUUUUGGACAGCAAAGGCCAGGAGUACCCCUGCGUGGUGGAAUUCGCUUCUUUCCAGAAGAUCCCGAAGAAACGAGGAAAAAUCAGAAUGGAUCCAAAAGCAGGCAGCAUUGAAUCUGACCCAGUGUUCCUAGACUUUGUGGAAUCUCUGAAGAAGACUCCAGAACCAGAGGAAAAAGCUGAAUAUACUUUGCAACUGACCAAUGAAAAUAAGAAUGAUUUAACUACACCCUUGUUGGAGUACUUGAAAAACAAACGUGCUCAAAGAAUGAAAAUAAGAGAAGUAAGAAGGGAGGAGAGGAAAAAAAGAGAGUUUGAUAAGAGGAAAGAGAGAUUUGAUGAACGCAAAAAAACUACAGAAGAAAGGUCUCCAACAAAAGAAGCUAAGCCUAGACCAAAGCAAGAAGGUUCUAAAACUGACAAAGUGGAAGAAAGUGAGAAAAGAGAUAAAGCUGAAGAGAAAGUAGUGAAAUCCAAUGAAAGACGUGAGAAAGCAUACUCAAAAUCUGAAAAAGAAUAUGAAAAAUCUGAGAGAGGUUAUGAAAAAUCAUCCUACUACAAAAAUAAAGAAAGAAAGUAUGAGGACAAAAGGUACUUUGAUGAAAGACGUAAAGAAAUCAAACUAAGAUAUCCCAAGAAAGAUUACUCAGAUGGCAAAGGUGAGGACCCCAAAGUUAAAGAUGCUGGUACCAGCCAGAGGAUGGAGUACAAGAAAGAGGUGGAACCUAAGCCUUAUCCAAAAAAAGUGAAAAAGUACAGUGAAAAACGUGAGGAACGCAAAAUGGAAGCCCAGAAAAAGAAUGAGCAAAAAAAUAUUGAUCAGGAUAAGGAAGAUGCUCCACAUAAGUCUGAACCUUCAACAGAAAAAAAAUUGGAAGAGAAAACCCAGAAAUCUGAAGAAAAAACUGUUACACAGGCCAAGGAAGAGGAAGUAGCUAAGGAAGUCCCAACACCCAUAGUGGAGAAAUCACUGGAAAAGUCAAAAGAGCCCAGCUUAAGUGAAAGGGAAGGACAUAACCAACGUAGGAUCAGAAAUAAAGAUAGGCCUACCAUUGCCAUUUAUAGACCUGGAAUGUUAUCCAAGAGGAAGCAGAAUGAUCCUGAACCUAGUAAUGAAAGUAAAGAUUCUAAAACUGAAGAGAAAAAUGCUUGAAUGGGGACACUUGUUUCAUAAUUCCAUUAGAUAAAUAUUUUAUACUGUUUGGGCUCAUUAUAAGCAGCCAAAAACAAAACGUGAAGCUCUGGCAUACCUACAUUCAAUACUUUACAAAUUCAGAUCUCUUUGGAAAUAUUUCUUGUUGAGUAGUAUAUUUAGCAUUAUCAAGAUCUGGCCUGUUCUGUUACUGUUACACGAAAGUACUAGAUCCUAUUAUUAUAUGACUUCAUAGA